AUGCAGAUCGAAACAAGUCCCAUCUUCGAUCGGACAUGGUUGAUGCACCUCUUGCAAAACCUCAUCAGGCCAUUCAGACCAGCCUUGGUGAAACCGCCGUCCAAUCGGGAAAGAAAGCUCGAAUGGUCCAAAGCAGGUUCACCGAGAUUAUCCAUCCCUAGAUCCGUGAGAAGGGAAUGUGUGGUCACUGAACGUUCGGUGGAAGAUAUAUGGUUAUAUGAUUUGGACUAUAAGCACCUAGGAAACGGUGAGAAGAAGAAUGGAAGGUUAUUAUAUUUCUGCGGAGGAGGAUUCCAAGCCCCCCCAUCGUCCCAACACUGGUCAUUUGUCGUGGAACUCUUCCGGCAACUCUCACAUCUCCAUCUCACCAUAAUCUCCUAUCCUCUCGCACCUCGCAGCACCGCUUCGACCGCUAAUUCGACCUUGCUGAGAGUCUACCAGGAGAUCUCAACGCAAUCUCUAGAUCUACACUUAUGCGGUGAUAGCUCAGGGGGGAAUGUAGCUCUGUCUCUUACUCUACAAGUCCUCUCGAGCAACUCGCAAAUGAUCGCCCCCAAAUCGGUGACGCUGAUAUCUCCCGUGGUAGAUUGCUCGAAUAGUAAUUCGGAAAUGGAGAAAGUGAACAAAGUAGACCCGGUAUUGACUAUGAAAUAUACAGGCGAAGUGGCGUCAAAAUGGCGUGGAAAGAUCGCACCAUCUGAUCCUAUCGUAUCGCCAAUCCAUGGGAACCUGUUAUUAUUGAGGGAGAGAGGAGUGAAGAUGAACGGGAUAAUAGGUACUUGGGAUGUGUUGGCGCCCGAUACGAUGAGGUUAAUGGAUAGAUUGCAGGAAAUAGGUGUAGAGGGACAGUGGCGGGUCGCAGAAGGACAAAUGCAUUGUUUCCCCCUUGCUUGGAAAUACGGGCUGAAAGAUAGUGUAAAAGGUAAAGAUUGGAUCUUGGACGUGUUGAAGAGAUCAUCGACGUGA